UCUCGGCCACCGUAUUUCUCCCUGCAGUGACAAGAUUGUUGUAUCAACAAGUUCAUCCAGAUCAACCUGUUGCCUGCUACUCAAACGUAUUAAAGGUGAGGUGCAGCACCACCCUCCCCAACACACCCACUUACAAAUCUGUGCUGGUGUUGUUGCUGAAGACUCAGGAUCCGCAGGAACUAUGAGUGCAUCCAAACCCCAGGAAAGUGGUGAGGUGAGAUUAGGACACUCUCUGAAUAAGAAGGAGGAAGAGUUUGUAGCCAGAAGGAAAAAAACAGUUCUGCAAUGCCUUCAGAAGUUUAAUAUACACUGCAGUCAGGAUAGAGUGCCAAACAUUGCAUUACUGGGUUCUGGAGGAGGACAAAGAGCCAUGGUGGCUUUGCUGGAAUGCCUGGUUCAGAUUGAUAAAGCGGGUCUUCUGGACUGCAUCCUUUAUCUGAGUGGAGUCUCUGGAUCCACCUGGUAUGAACCCUGA